AUCCUCACCCUCACCUCUCUUCUCUCCACUCCGCAACGGCAGCAGGAAGCCAGGAACCGCCGCCGGCAGCCUUUUUUCUCGUCAAGGCCGGAGCGCUGGACGCCAUGUUGCCCCCGCUUUCUUCGGCUCCUUCCCGUCUGCUCCCCAGGCGAACUGUCGCUUCCGCCACCGCCUCCUCGCCCUCGCCUUCGCCUUCGCCUUCGCCUUCGCGCGCAGGAGGGCACGGCCGCCGCCCCCUGCGCUACGCUGUCCUGGGCGCCGGCUUCGCGGGUCUCUCCGUCGCGUGGCACCUCCUCAAGCAUAGCCCGAGGGAUUCUCGCGUGUCGGUGGACAUCUACGACGAGAACGGGGUCGGGGGAGGUGCGUCGGGCGUCUCGGGAGGGCUUCUCCAUCCCUACUCGCCUAAAGUGAAGCUUCUCUGGAGGGGUGCUGAGUUCUGGAAAGAGAGCAUGGAUCUCCUUCGAAGCGCAGAGCAAGCAAACAGAACCACGGGGGCAGAUAUAACUAAUGAAGAUGAUAACCUUAUCUGGAGAAGGGGAAUUGUACGGCCGCCUACAACUGAGAAGGCUGCAGACAUAUUGCUGGAGAAUGUUCAGAGUUGCCUCGAGAGUUGCAGCCUUCAACUGCUUGAUUCUGAUGCCGCACAGCGUCUGAUCCCUGGGUUGCGUACCCCAUUUGACUUUGCAGUUUACAUGCCACUGGCACUGAACGUCAACCCUAAGAAAUAUCUACAGGCACUGUUCUCUGCAUGCCAAAAUCUGGCAGAUGAAGCAUCCUCAUUACCAAGUGAGCAGAAAGAGUUCAAGCUAUACAAGCAACAUGUUGAUGAUCUACACCAUUUGGCAGGAAAUUAUGAUUCGGUGAUCGUCUGCCUUGGGGCCAAGGUUCGCUCACUUCCUGAACUUGCAAAUAAGUUGCCUCUUAGGACCUGUAGAGGAGUUAUCGCUGAAUUUAAGUUGCCAUCCGAUACAAUAGAAGAGUAUGGCAGUCAAAGCCCUUCAAUCUUAUCUGAUGCAUGGCUGGCAUUCCAAGGUCCCCGAUCUGUUUCUAUCGGAUCAACUUGGCAAUGGAAGUCUGAGAACGAUUCUUCAACUGUAUCUGAUGAAGAAUCUCUUACUGCAAUGGAAGAGUUGCUCCCAAAAGCUUCUGGCGUAUAUCCAAGAAUAAAUAAAUGGGAUUUUGUAGGUGCAAGAGCUGGAAUUCGAGCCAUGCCUCCACUUACAGCUAAUGGGUCGUUGCCACUGUUGGGUUGUUUGGACGAUUUACUAGGCAAGAAGAGCAACUGCACAUUUUGGAUAGUUGGUGGACUUGGUGCAAGAGGUCUUCUGUAUCAUGGUUUAGUUGGAAAGUUGACUGCCAAAGCUGUGAUUUCCUGUGAUGAAAACAUAAUACCUUCUGAGUUCACAUGCUGGAAUACAAUUAAGCCUUAGUGAAAGCUGAGAUGUGGUCUAAACUUCAAGCAUGCCGUUCUUCAUCUGUAGGAAAUGGAACCCUUGUAGAUAGCCAAAGUCUGACAAGGAUGGUGCAAGACCCAUGGUGAUCCUGGUGCAGUGAGCCAGUCACUACUGCUGUCCGUCCAUGUAAACACAAAUGCCACCACAACUCUGCAAGUAAGAUGAGGUUCUGCUUCAGAUGCCUGAGCUUGUGUUCAAAGAAUUGUGACUAGCUUGUAUGUUUCCCUGGUGAACUCAAAUGGCAGCGCUGAAGCUUGGUUGAGUUGCAAGACUCUUUCUGUCCUAGGAAACGAUUGGUUAUCAGUGGAGCAUAGGUCCGUCUACACAUGUUCCUAUACUUCCAUAUUACUCUGAGACCCCUUUGUGUUUCUUUUUCUAAUUUCCUACUGUUAGUUGAAUCAUCACUUCUGUAAACCUCUCAAAGGUUAUGAGUUUUGCAUGAGUAGAGUGUUCAGACCAGUAAAGUAUUCUGGCAUUCACUAACCAGUUAGAUGAGAUAGUGAGAUUGUUGCUUUCAAACUAGCAACCAUUUUGCAUUUACCAUGUUUGAUGUUAUGUUCUCAUGAUUUAAUUGAUUCGCAACUGUAAGAAAUAUUUUGAAAUGUAGGUGAAUGAUUAGUCAUCCAUCGGCUAAUGCACUUGUGAUACACUUCAACUUUACCCAAACUCGAAAUCAUUGAAUAAAAGAAAGACUGGAAAUAUGAUGAUUGGAUGAACAGAACUAAGUAUAUUGUAUAUGGAUGUUACACCUCAGCAUUCCCGUACCUUUGUGUAGUGUAAAGCUGUACAAUGUAGAAUUAAGAACACAACAAUACGUAGGUACAUAUUCACUUGAUCAGACACACCAGAUCUCAGAAAAAGCUCUCUUGCCGCCCAAAAAACCACAUAAGUACACCUAA